AUGAGUCUAGUGGCGCCACAAAAUCCUAUCAUGGGACUCGACUCAACCAUUGCAAGUCUCAGGAUAUGCAUCAUUGGCGCGGGCAUGGGCGGGCUGACCACAGCACUUUCAUUAGCAGCAGCUGGCUUCCAGGACAUCCAUGUGUUCGAAUCGGCUUCGGACCUCGGCUUUGUAGGGGCUGGCAUACAGAUGGCACCGAACAUGGCUAGGGUACUCGACCGAUUAGGGGUGUGGGACGAGAUUGCCAAGGAGGCAGUCGUACUGAACGAGACGAGCAUUAGGCAAGGUGCCACUGAUGAGGAACUGGCGCAUGUCGACUUGAGAUAUAUCAAGGAGGCGUUCGGUUUUGAGCACAUGGUUGGGCAUCGCUCGACGCUCGCACGAGGCAUCCAGAAUGGUUGCUUGCGAUAUCCUGGUGUGAAGUUCAGCUUCGGCACGUUAUGUGAGGAUGUAGAUGUGGUGAGUGAUCGACCCUCGUUCACGGCAAUACCGAGAAAAGACCCAAGUAAGGAGCCACAGCGGGUGACAUGCGAUAUACUGUUCGGCGCAGACGGCAUCAAGUCAGUCGUACGGAGUGCUAUGCUGAAGCACCUGAAAGCUGACGCCGAGAUCAUUGAUACUAACCAAGCAGCAUAUCGAAUCAUGCUGUCAAGAGAACAGAUGUCCAGGGACCCGGAACUCUUGAAAUUAAUUGACUCGGACAAAGUGAUUCGGUGGAUAGGCGAGAGGCGCCAUAUCAUUGCUUACCCAGUGUCCAGCAAACAGAUAUACAAUCUUUCGACGACUCAGCCAGACGUGAAUUUUGCCUCAGCGACCAACUCUCAGUAUACCACAAAGGGCUCGAAGAAACAGAUGCUCAGUGUAUACGGAGACUAUUGCCCAAUGAUCCAACGAAUGUUAGACCUUGUUCCUGAAGGGGAUGCUUGUCAUCCUACUUUGCCCCAUCUGGCUCAAGGAGCAGCACAAGCAAUUGAAGAUGCUGCAGUAUUAGGCGUGGUAAUGGCUAAGAUUCCAGACGCAUCACCUCAAAGUAUUAGCAAAGCAUUGAGAAUAUAUGAGAAGGUGCGAAAAGAGCGCGCAGAGACAUUAGUAGGACUGGCAGCGGCUUCAGGAAGAGAAAUGCAUCUUGGAGCAGGUGCUGCUCAAGAAGAGCGGGACAAAGCAUUCGCUGCCUUGCGUGCAAGUGGAGGGAAGGGACAUGUACCUGAUCGCUGGGCCGAUGCCGAGGUACAGAAGAUGAUCUACGGCUUCGAUUGUUUCGCAGUUGCAGACCAGCUCUUUGACAAGGAGUUUGGUGGGAUGUAA